ACAACCUUGGUGUAGAGAGUAUAUCAAGUGUGGUGAGUUGAUUUCCCGCGUCUGAACUGUUAGUGUUAUUUUAUAUCAACUGCAGCCUUAGAAAGAACAAGAAAACAGAAAUUGCAUUCUAAGUCAUUUUUAUAUAAACUAUCAAAUGAGUGAAAAAAUGCAAUAUAAACCGGGAGAUCUGGUAUUUGCAAAAGUAAGAGGAUACCCACCAUGGCCAGCUAGGGUUGAAGAAAAACCCCCACCAGGAAAAAAGGUACCACCAAAAAAAUUUCCUAUCUUGUUCUUUGGAACCUAUGAAACUGCCAACCUUGGUACCAAAGAUCUUUAUCCUUACCAUAAGUUCAAAGAAAAGUAUGGAAAUCCACAAAAAAGAAAGUUUUUCAAUGAAGGUCUGUGGGAGAUAGAGAAUAAUCCUACAAUAAUACCUCCAUCACAAAUGCCAAUCGAACCAGAUAAUAAUGAAUUGGAGACAGGUACAAGUCUAGAGGAGCCUCCCGGUGACAUUGAAAAAAACUUUGAUACUGAAGAGGAGCAGAAUGAAAAUAAAUCUGUACCCUCUAAUAAGAAGAGAAAGGCAGAGUACAAAGAAGAGGAGAUCAAGAAAUCCAAAAUUGAUGUGGAAGGAGACCAGCUGACUGAUACUGGCCACAAGGUACCUAGAAAGAAAAUUAAAGAAAAGGAUGAAAAAAAAAGGGAUCCCUUGGAAACAGCAGUAGCAGAACAAAGUUCAAGUAAAAGAAAAAUCAAGAGAAAAAGAGUUGAUUCUGAAAGUGAGUCAGAUACAGAGAAAGAGUCAGUAGAACAGAACAUGCCAUCUCUGACUGUUACAAUUACUCCAAUUGAGAAAGCCGUGGCAGAGCAGGAAAAUAGUGCCAAGGAAGAAGGAAAACCAGGAAAACUGAAGAAAAUCAAAGAAGCCAAAUCAAAGAAAGAGUCUGGGAUUGAAAAAAGUGAUAAUCAAGGGAAAAAAGCUGUAGUUCAAGUUGGAGAGGAUCCACAACAAGAAAGCAAAGACUUUGAUCGGACAAGAAAAAAAAAAGAAGAAUAUUGGGCCAAACAUGCGGAUGAGGGCAACGAGAAGGGAAGCCACAAGGUUAAAAAAGAAGCUAAGAAGAAAAAGAAAAAGAAACACAAAGAGAAGAAAGCAAAACAUAAGCAGCACAAGUGCUCAAAAAGAGCACAUGUAAGUACAUCCACAGCAUCUAGUAUCCGGAGCUCUGAUGAUGAAACUAAUGAGAAAUUUUGCCAACCUGGUAAACAUGUGCAAAAAAAAGAAGAUGUACAGCUGGGUGAUGAUGAUGUAGAUACGACACAAACAGUACUUAAAAAUGCAGAUGAUGGGACAGAUGAAACUUGCAAGAAAAAAAGUAAAAAACUCAGCAAAAAGUACCAGUACGUGGGAUCGAGACUUUGUGAAAUUGAUGAAGCCAUUAAAUUCAGUUUAAGCUACACAAGUUUAGAUAUAGAAGGAUGUUUGGGGGCCAUGAAUGAACUUGAUCAGCUUUCUUUAUCCCAGGUUAUCUUGGCCAAAGAACCAGAUAUUGUUCAGACUGUGAGGAAAUGUCGCAAGUUUAAAAACAGUGCUGCCGUCCGAGAAAAGGCUGAGCAACUUUACCAGAAGAUUAAAGAAUAUUUUUCAGUUGAAGAGGGAGAACAUUUCAAUGUGAUGUUUGAAAAAGAAGUGAAGAAACAUCAAGAAGGAGUAGAAGAUCUUAAGCAGCAUAGUCAGGUUUCUACAACUUUGAAUUCUUCCAGGACAGACAUGCACAGCAGAGUUAAAAGUCCAGCUCAGCGACAAACAGAUGCUCAUACAGAGAAUAGUGGUGCAGGUUGUUUGACAGAUCCUACUCGCAGUGCUGAGGGAAAAGGUAACAAGGAGCUCGCAGAAAGUCUCACAGCUGGUGGAGAAGAAAAAAAUUUAUCUGUAACAUCAACAACCACCACAAAUAAAGCAGUCUCUUAAACAGCAUUUGUCAUCUCUGCAUAAAAAAAAACUUUUAAAAUUCUUCCCAAAUUAUUGUCGUCAGUAUUUUAUUUAUAUUUGUAGAUAAAAAAGUGUCAUCAUGUCCGUGGGACUUUUUGUACCAGUUAUUACCUAAAGAAGUUUGUGCAAUUUCUAUAAAUGCAGAUGUAGAGUCAUAUUCCCAGAAACCUUGUUACUGUACAACUUGUCAUAAAUGUUCAAUAGUAUCUACAUUUCUUCUAACUGGUCAGUUUACAUCAGCCACAAACACCUUUUGUUAAAUAAGACAAAAAAUGUCUAUUUCACAUUUUUGGAAAGUAUUUUACAGGGAAAUGACUAAAGCUACUUAAAAAAAAGGAAUUGUAAUUUGAAUGAAUAUAAGAAUUGGAUCAAUAAACAUUUGAUGAAUGCUGAAUAAACUGUAAUAAGCCAAAGACUCGCUGAGUCUUCAUUACAGUUUUUAUGAAAACGUUAGCCAGAGAAAAGCAUUAGCUCAAUAAAAACAUUUUCUUGUAAUGUGUAGACACCAGCCUGUACUUUCAUAGUUGUCUUAAAAUAUAUAUAUAUAUAUAUGUAUAUUCAAGUUUAGAUGUUGCCAUCUUGAAUUAUGAAUGACCAUUUAAUUUCUAAAACAUGCUCAUCCUUCUCUUUAUAAAUCUGUUUAAGAAAAUGUUUAGUAAAAAUUACAGCUGUAUGAACUAUAAAUACAAGUUUUCCAAAUUCAUUUUUUUUCAUCUAAGUGUAAAACCCGAGCAAUUUUUACAACCAUAUCGACUGUUAAUGUGAUUCUAAGCAGAAGCUUCCUGUUUAUUCAUUCCAACUUUUUCUUUAAUCAUGAUUAUUAAUAACCUCUGUUGUAAUUUCCUAUGAUAUUGAACUUGUGUUAUAAAUUUUUAUCCCACCCAUAUUAUGAGUAAAAUUAAUUUCUAAUGCACACAAUCAGCUUUUAAUCUAACUUUAAACGUAACAAAUAAAAUAUGAUAGUCACUACUACAAUUUUUUUGUGGAUCCCCAGUACAAAGUUCACUGCCACCAACUAUAACCUAAAAUGUUUUAGAUACUUGCAAGUAUUAUGUAGUAAAAGUCUAAAAUUCAUUGACUCAUUUUCGGUAUAAAAAGUGUUCUAUAAACCAACUAAGGUAUAGUUACUGAAAAAGAAUACUUCUCACUUUAAAAUUAAACACAAAAUAUGGUUUGAUAACAUAAAAGUUUUUGCUAAAAAGUAAAAAUAUAUCUGUGUCUAGUUUGGGGUGUGGAUAUUAAGAAAUAUAUGUGGAUAAACAUCCUUUAGAAUAUAAGUUUAUAAUUCACUUGAAUAAAAGUAUAUUUCUUAAAUAAUUAAUUCCAUCUUACAAAUGAAAUUGAAUUUAUUGAUAGUCAAGUUAUGGAUGGAAAAUACUAAUAAUUAUUUCCUGAAGCAUUGUACUACAAACGUUUUAUGUAGUAAACUGAUGCAUUUAAAUAGAACUUUUACUAAAUCAUUUUAUUUUGUAGGCUUUGCUUAUGAUACAGUUUACCUUUGCUUAUCAUUAUGUUUACUAAAACAAAAUUGUAUUACAUUCUGAAGCAUUUAGUGAGUUCUUUUUUCAGUCUUCUCUUGAGCAUAUAUGUACAGCAAGCACUGAAAAACGUAUUCUUUAUUAGUUUGUAUUUUUCAAUGUUAAUAACAGAUUCAACUAUAUGUAAUCAUGUUGAAAUGGUGACUAUAGAAUGCUCAAAAGAUUUGGUUUUUCGUGAGUUGUUAACUCUGGCCAAUUAUGUGAGGCUUGAGAUUAUUGGUAAAAAAAAAUGUGCUCAUAAUUUCACUGUUAAAUCUCGGAGUGCAGGAUUUUUUAUCAAAAUGUUGUUGAUUUAUUGUGUAUUCAGUUGCCAGAAAUUAUAUGUAUCCCAUUGUUUACUAUUUACAUAUAUCAGGUACAUGUUAGAUUUUGAAAUUAAUCUAUAUGAAAAAUUAUAAUUAUGUUGCUAUUGUGCUUAUUUUUAUUUCAGCUAUCAUCAAUGAUGAUGUAAAAUAAUUGUUUUAUAAUGAUAUAUUUAUUGCAUGUUGCAUGUGGAAUUUAUUUUGUAGGACCUGUCCCUUUGCUAUUACAUGCAAAGAUUGGACAUAAAAUUGCACAACUUUCCUGUAUCAAUAAAGCAUUAUCAUGCUGCAAAUGGA